AUGGAGGCGGUCGCUUUCACAUUCAACGCGUGGGUGCCGCUUUUGGCAUAUAACACCGGCCAGCAGCCACACUUCAAGAUUGGAUAUCAGAUCGCUGCGAUGUUCUUUGCAGUCGAGCUCAUCUUGACGGUUGUGAUAGCUACGGUGGAGAAACGGUGGCCGGCCAGGAGUUUAGAAGACCCUGACUUCAAACCCACUGGAGAUCCUCUUUCCGAAGACGAGGAGGUCGAUCCCCAGGAGAUCAUCGACACAGACGACUUCCCUGGAUAUGCAGGUCCAAUUGACCUAAAUGCACUACGAAUUCGAGCUGAAUCUCACUUAAUGUCCUGCUCCACCUCGGCAAACCCAGGAAACGCGGAAGAAACGGAAGUUUCUGAAGACUCUAGCUCCAAUGAUGACAGCGACGACUGGCCAUUUCCAGAAUUCCGUCACGUCACUCAAACCACUCGAGGACCCCAUCGCUCGCAUCAUCUCUUGAAUAAUGAGGCUAAGGUCGGCAAACAUGCGGCCACAAUUCCAACUGAGACCUCGACAAAUGACCAUAUUCCCGAAUAA